AUGGGUUCUCUUCAAGCCAUGACAAAGGGCAGUGAUGCGAGAUACCUUGGAGACACGCUUAAGCUUAAGGUUGCUCAAGGAGUUGUUGGAGCAGUUGCUGACAAGGGCUCGGUAUUGAGGUUCAUUCCUUAUACGAUGCAAGCUGUCAAGCAAGGAUUCCAGGACUUGGGUGCAUCCUCCUUGCAGUCAGCCCAUGACCUUUUACGAUCAGAAUCGCUUCGACUAGAGGUAAGAACCGGUGCUGCCCAAGUCGAAGGAGGGAUCCAUGGUCUUGUUUCAUAUGAGAAGAAGGCAUUCUAA